AUGCCAACAACAGCAGGACUUGCCUUUGCAGCACUCCAGGGAGUCGCAUGGAGAUUUUUUUACGUAAAACUUGCUGGUUCACCACCUAAACAGAUUCAAAAUUUGACAGGAUACCUCGUGUUUGGUGGGUUGACUUCAGCAUUUUAUCUUGGAGUAUGGGAUCCAUUGGUCACUAAUAACAGGGAGUUGGUACAGAGGAGGUUGGAAAUGUUGAAGGAACAAAGACAAUUGCAGAAUGAGUUGUUGAAAUCGGACGGCGAGCCACACAAAUUUUUCACUUCAAAGGAUAGAGGUAACUUUUUCCGUUUGUUUGACAGGUAUGCUCAGCCUUACAAAUAA